AUGAUCGAACAGCAGGCCGUCUCCAGGAUUGCAGUCCGUUUGCCGCCGUUCUGGCCCGACAACCCGGUACUCUGGUUCGCGCAGGUAGAGGCAAGUUUUAGCUACGCUGGAAUAACGGUCGAAGCAACUAAAUUUGCGCUGAUUGUGAGCCAACUCGACCAACGUUAUGCAGCCGAGGUGCAGGACAUAAUCACAGCACCGCCCGAGGCUGGAGCUUAUGCCAGGCUAAAAUCAGAGUUGAUUCGACGGGUGGCCGCGUCGCAAGAGGACCGGAUACGUCAGGUUCUGACACAGGAAGAAAUUGGCGACAGGAAGCCUUCUCAAUACCUGCGACAUCUACGCAGCAAAGUUGACACCGUUACUGUGCCAGACAGUCUGCUCAGAACGCUGUGGAGCAGUAGGUUGCCGCCGCAAAUAAAAGCCAUAAUCACCUCACAAACGGACAUGCCGCUGGAUGACGUGGUGCAGCUAGCAGACCGGAUUCAGGACGCGAUCACACCGGCUCCGGUCAGCGCAGUCGCGGCGUUGGAUAACAGUGCAAACAGUACCGCGUCUGUAGCACGAGCCGACCAUGAUUCUCUCGCUGCCAAGGAUGAGCUUUUGUGCGCCCAGGUCAGUGCGCUGCUGGCACGUGACGACGACAAUAAUAGAAGAAGCCGAUACAGACGGCAGCGUUCGAGAAGCAGAUCUUCCGGCGGUACUACCACUCCGCAAGGCGAGGUACCAUUGUGCUGGUACCACUGA